AUGGCCUCUUACAUGGACUUGAUUCAAGGCCUCCAGGAGGAACUCAUCUGCCCCAUCUGCAGGGAGUACUUUACAAACCCUGUGUCCAUUGGGUGUGGCCACAGUUUUUGUCAAAGCUGCCUUCUCAGGAGCUGUCAGGAAGCUUUUCCUCUUUUCUACUGUUCAGAGUGCAGGAGUGUCUCCCAGGUGAGGGAUUUCCAAAUCAAUGUGUGUCUUGAGAAACUGGCAACCAUUGCCAAAAACCUAAGACCUCACUCCUUGCAGAACCCUGAGGGACAUGGCAAAUAUGAAGUACAUCAGGAAGUCCGGAAGCUGUUCUGUAGGGCUGACCAUAGCCCAAUCUGUGUGUCCUGCUCUCAGUCCCACCAGCAUGAGGCUAACAUACUCUGUUGUAUUCAUGAGGCUGCUGAGGACUUCAGGGGGAAACUCCAAGAAACUGUGAAUGAUUUGUGGAGGAAAACUGAGAAAGUUGUCCAAAAGAUGGCUAAUGAGAAGUGCAAGAAACCCGAUGUGGAUUUGCUCCAGAAUGUGACCGGAGUAUUAAAAAGGAAUGAAUCUGUACUUCAUGAGAAAAUAGAAAAUUUCAGCAUAAAGAGGAUUGUUUAUCCCCUCCCUGGAAUCAUGGAAGCAAUUUCCAAUUUCAAAGUAGACAUCACUCUGGAUCAUAACACAUCCAGUCCAGGACUCAUCAUAUCUGAAGAUUUGAAGAGUGUGAGGUAUGGAGGAAUAGAAGACAAUGCGUCCAACAACAGUGGGAGAUUUAGAGAUUUGGUCCUUGUCCUUGGUACUCAGUCCAUUUCAAAGAGAUGCUAUUGGGAGGUAGAGGUGCCAGGCUGUAGUGACUGGUGUGUUGGUGUCUGUGAAAUAUCACCCCAGCUGGAAAGCUACUUUGCACUUAUGGCUCAAUCUGUGAACAAUCGCUGCUAUCUUUAUGCCGUAGCUAAGAACCGUCCUCAUCGGAAAAUCCAUGUCAGAUACCUCCAGAUCAGCAAAUUAAACUUAAAGUUGGGGAUUUUCCUUGACUAUGAUCAUGGGGAGAUAUCAUUUUAUCAUGUGAGAGAAAAAUAUCUCAUUUAUACUUUCCCUAAUGCUUCAUUCUCAGGACCUCUGAGGCCCUUAUUCUCUCUUUCUAAGAAAGUUCUGCUGAAUGAUUGCCCUCUAAGAAUUUGCCCCUAA